UGAUCUUACACGGGUUAGGCGGUGGGAAAGCACUGACAACAGGGACUAUUGUGAAAAUCUGACCUCAUCAGAACUGUAAGAAGAAGUUUUCCUUUCAGGAUCACCUCUUGAAGCAUGGCGCACAUAUUAAAGACACUCAACAGCUGGUUCUGGUGGGAGAAUAUCUGGAUGCCUAUCAAUUGCACAUGGGAACAUUUUGUAGACCGUGAGGGACUUGUCUUUCCAAAACCACAUCAAUUAUAUGCCACGAUACCAUAUGCUUUUGUAUUGCUGAUCAUCCGAUUCUUCAGUGAAAGAUACAUUGCUAUACCUCUAGCAAAAGCCUUAGGUAUAAAGAAUGUAAGACGUGUGAAGCCGCAGCCCAAUCCUGUAUUAGAGAGUUAUUUCCGGGAGUGCUCAAAACAUCCAUCCCAAUCAGAGAUUCAAGGCCUUGCCAAAAAGUGCAACUGUACAGUCCGUUUGGUGGAAAAGUGGUUUAGGAGACGGCGAAACCUUGAGAUCCCAACAGUGCUUCGGAAAUUCCAGGAAGCUUUCUGGCGAUUUUCAUUCUAUUUUGCAUCCUCCAUUGGUGGAUUAAUAGUUCUGUAUGAUAAACCUUGGUUUUACGACAUCUGGCAGACGUGGGUUGGCUAUCCAUUUCAGACCCUGCUGCCAUCCCAGUACUGGUACUACAUGGCUGAGAUCAGUUUUUACUGGUCUCUCUUAUUUACCCUUGGGAUUGACAACAAAAGGAAGGAUUUUCUGGCUCAUGUCGUUCAUCACUUGGCAGCCAUUGGGUUGAUGAGUGGCUCUUGGUGUGGCAAUUACGUGCGUCUUGGAACACUGGUGAUGUUUGUGCACGAUACUGCAGACUUCUGGCUGGAGGCGGCAAAAAUGUUUAAUUACGCUCACUGGGAGAAAACAUGCAAUAUGCUCUUUAUCAUCUUUUCUAUUGCAUUCUUCAUCACAAGAAUCAUCCUGUUCCCCUUCUGGAUUCUUCGUGCCACGUUGUAUCAGCCUACAUACUACUCCACGACUCCUGUCAUAGCGUACUUUUUAUUCAAUGGACAGCUAUUGGUCCUUCAAGGCUUGCAUUUAUAUUGGGGCUACUUAAUUUUCAAGAUUUUGAGAAGGUUCAUUUUCUUAAAGGACUUGAAAGAUGACCGGAGCGAUGAAGAGGAGGAAGAUUCAGUUACAGAUAAUGAAGAGGAGUCCACAAAGAAUGGCAACAAGAACGGCUGUGGGUCAAGCAAACAUCUCCUUAACAGCAGCCACCACUAGCCCCCUCCUGCCUCACCUCCUGCAGCGAUUUCUGCUCUGUUUUCAACCCAACCUACAGGAUAGAAUUGAAGUCAAAAGGCUUAUGAGAGACUGUGAUUGAUUUAUUGUUGGCUACUGGACCUGGAAAGAAGCCCAGUUUAGAGGGGAGGGAAAAAUUGCAUAACUUGACAAAAUGUGUUAAUGACCCACUUUCCGAAUCGUGUCGAAGUGUUUGGAAAGGCGUUUGGACGCGCCGACUGUUCCGCUCCGACAGCGCUCCGCAAGGUCAAAGCUCAGGAUCAUCAGAUCGUUUAGUGUCCCCUUGAUUCUAAAGUUGGUUUUCAACCUGCUGUAAGACAAAUUUCCCCAAGCGGGUCAAUUCACAGCUGUUUUGUGGUAGGUAGGUAGGUAGCGCGAACUCUGUUAGCAGCCAAAAUUACUCAAUGUGGGAAAAAUUUGACAAUGGAGCGCAGUGACUGGCAUUUUACUCUUUACUUGUCAGUUUAAGCCCUCAUCAAAGUGGCUAUUUUUUGAGUUAGAUUUCAUUUCCUGGAGGCCAGUGAAAGCUGACUUGGAGGAAGUCAAAUUAUUUGCUUGUGAAGAGCUGACUUCACUGCGGAAGUAUAGUCUUUCUCCAAAAUACGCUGUACGGUAGCUCAAAUAUUGUGUUCUAAGAUUUACCUGUCAAAAAAAAUUCACUGUUAAAAUAGCAAAACGCAGCCCCAAUUCCCCAUUUUGCUCCAGGUUUCACAAAUGUCUUUCAUCUCAGCCAUUUUGGCCCAGUUUUAGAACAGAAGGUGCGGUGGGGAGGGAAGGUAGCGAAUGAAAAUUGGGUCGUUUCCCGGGUUCUUUUGCACUUUUUAUUGGUCUUCAAAACUGCUGAACACCCCCUGCUCCUGACACGUCUACAGCCCAGUAGAUUCAAAAUUAUUCUGGUGUGUUCCCUUCCUGUGAGCUUGUCUCAGGCAGGGGCACUGGCUGACUCUCCGCUCGGGAGUGACUCUGCUCCAUUCUGCUUUGUGGGUCCCAUCUGUGUUCUCUGCACGUUCCUGGGCAUCGGGGGCACAUGAGGCUGGUUGGGAACGUCACAUCCUUGAUGCUGUGUGGUCUUUUGAUAUCAGGGUCUGCAUUUCCAUCCCUGUUCUUUUUGAAAAUGGGGAGUCACAUUGUCUAGAGCCAAACUUGGAUGUAGUGUGUGACUUAGGCCACGUACCGUUGUUUAUGCUGUAAGAAGUGGAGGAACGGUGGGUGUUUUAUCAGCUCCUCUCACCAAAAGUGCCUCUCUCCUACCAUUGCACUUUUGAGCUGACACUAGUGCAGGGCACAGCAGUGUUUUUAGUCCAGAGGCUUUCCAAAGAGAGCCCAGGCCUUUUAGACAGGGUGGUACCAGUCUCAUUUCCAGACGCAUUUAGCUCACAAGGUCAUAAAUGAUUUGUGUCAUCAGUUUUAGUGGUGAGAGGCUCUCCAUGUGGUUCUACAGUAGCUGAGAUCAUCUGGUGAACUAAAUCCAGUAGUUUGACAGAGACCAGGGGAAGCACUGCUAAAACAGACCCGCUGCAGAGGUUUUGGUUGGGAAAGGCUCUUUUCCCCUUAAGUCUGCUCAGGCAGGAACUUGGUGACCUACGGGAAGCUCUCCAUGGCUGACUUGUUUUCUCAAGGUUUCCUUGGCAAAGGGGGAUGUGAUUCAGUGAAAGAAUGGGAAAUGUUUGGGAUCUCAGAUAUGAAGCUUAAAGUGUUUUCUGUGCAGUUACAAGAAGCUGGAGGAGUACUUUGUUAGAGAGGCUGGUAGUGUGAAAAUAUCCACGUAUGGUCUGUUGACCUAGGCUGUGCUUAAUUUUUACUUAUAUUUGGGACCAUGUUUGGACAAUGUUUGUGUUUUGCCACAAAGAGAAUUACACUGAGAAAGGAGUGUGAACUCCAGCUUCUGAGAAGGAUGAGGAACAUACAGUGGUGGGACAGGAGUCCUGAACCAGUGCCUGUCAUGAAGUGGUGCUGCUGGGGCUGAGUGGGCAGAAUUCCCUCAGCAGUUGUUGUAGAGCAGCCUGCUUCCUUACAUCGCUGCGGAGAAUACCUUAAAUGCUGCAGUGUGGCUUUAUUGGAAGUGUAAGGACUUAUUACAUCACCGAAAGCAACUGGUGAGUUUGGCAGGGUCACAGUUGCUUAUCGGGGCCUGUUUAUUGCCUACAUGAAAAGAAUUGGCUUUUCCUAACAAAACGUAGAAACCCGAUGUUUUGGAGGCUUUACGCUCCCUCUGAGAGCAGUGGAGAUGAGGAUGGUUUCUACAAGACAUUAGCAGGGGUUUGGGAGAUGGCCCAGGGUAUUAUCAUCUGGUUUUGGUGCCAGAAAGCUUUCCUGCUCCGACUAGGGAAGGAAUUCAGCAAAGGAAACACAAAGCGUGAUGUUGUCACAGGAGCGAGCCUCUGAACAACUACUGAGUUUUAAAGUGGAAUUUAUAGUCUCGUUGAGGCCAAAUCCUGCCCUUCCCACUCGGACAAGUCUCCCACUGAAGCCAAUUAACUCCAUUGGAGUUUUGCCUAGGAAAAAUUUUGGAUUGCAGUUGUCCAACCUAAUUACAAGACCUGUUGUUUUAAAUUGAUGUCAAACUAGGGUCUUAAAGGAAGAGUACAAGGCAGAUAAAUACAUUCACACAUAAAACGUUGAGGCAAAUUUUGGGUGAGUACAGAAGGAUAUGGAAGAAAAUAAUGUCCUGAAGGUGAAGAUUAAGUCCAAGCACAGUGAAAAACCAAGUAACUAUGUCACAGCGCAGUUAGGGGGUGGAAGGAAGGAAGGAAAACCAUGGAAGGCCCUUCCAAGGGGUCACAGUCAUCACCAACCAAAGUGAUAAGACCUAAAACUUCUGAACGUAAACCACCAGGUACUGGAGAUAAACAGCACAGAAAGAAGUGGGAAGAGAUUGUCACAGUGGGACUGGACACACGUCCUGUGUUAACGUCAGCAUUGGCAUUCCUGAAGUUGUUUCAUUUUCCACUUUUUCUGAUAGAAACUGAGAAAUUAGAAGCUGAGGUCAUGGAGGACGCAAACCAUGCUGAAGAAGUUAAUGUCAUGGUGCUUCAAGAUUUUCAGUCUAUUUGAUGUCCUUAACAUUUUUUUUUUUUGAUGUUAUCAUGAAAAGAGUCUCAAAAUGUCAGCAAGGAACAAUUGUGGGUAAAUAUACGAGCAAAGGUGACAGAAUCCAAUGCAUUAUUUGGACCAUUUCACAAGAUGGGUCCUGGUUUAAUGCUUGGACGUUGUGCAUCAGGUUCAGCUACAUCACUUUGACCGUGGCAAAUUAUUUAUGACAGAAUCACAGAACAAAAAUGAAAUCUUACUCCAUUAGAAUCAGCAGAAACUCUUCUGUUCCAUGUAAUUCCUCUGGAUUUUGUUCAGGUCCCUGCUGUCGGUGUGUCCUGUGCUGCCUCUGUGCUUGUUCACUACAUGGAUUUACUGACCUCUGGAUUCGAUGUACAGAUCUCCUCUACUCCACGGAACUCACUUUAUCAAUUUGUAUUAUUCACUAUAAUAAUCUUCUAUUUUUGUUCUUAAUGCCCCUGGAUUUGUCUGGUCAGUUAUGCUACACACUAUAAAUAAAUAUUUUUUAAAAAUA